AUGGAACACCUAUUCAUCCAUCUCGAUGAUAGAACGGUUGCGUCCAAAAUUGCAGAAGCCCUAAACUCAGAGAUCCUGUUGGAAGAAGAGCUGAACAGGAAGACGUCCCUCAUUCCGCCCGUUGAACCAUACACUGAAUGGAGAGGAUUUGAUCAUGAUCAGCUCGAUGAUGACGAGCGAACAAUUCAAGGCGAGCUUGCGGAAUAUCCAACUGCACGCGGCUGGACGAUUGAUCGGGCCUGGCUGGAGGGAGACCUGCGAGAGGCACAUCCGGACUUCCGAGACAGCGACCUCGGUCCGGCGGAUGUGGCCAAGAGGGUUGCCGCAAUGGUCCAAAGUUGGUUGUACUUUGGGCUACUGGAGGCAUUCCUUGAGAAAGGCGUUCAUACAUCGUACUUCCUGCGUUGCGGCGACGGUGGUACUCGAUACAUCCAUUCCGGAUACCUUGGAUUCGCUCUCUAUGCCUGGAAGAUCUCAGCCAGCCAUGUCGACGCAACUAAAUUGCUGGACAGCAGCUGGGAUAGCUUGAGAGUUGUGACCUCCGUCGUUCAGUUGCUCUAUCUCUACACCGACCCUGAUACUGCCCGAGGACGUCGUACAGAACAAGACUUUCCCGGCUUUACAGAGUCUGUCGCGGAAAUUGUGCCGUCUAUUCUUCGACUGGUUGAUGCCAUCUCAUACGCAAGAGAUCUCAUUGCAUCAAACACUGGAAGCCGCAUUUAUGUCCUUCAGGGACCCUCGCACAUGACAGCUGCGCGUGAUUCCCGACUUCUACUCCGGGGCUGGUGUCCGUUCCUUCUCCGAUUCUGUCGGGACGGCCUGCCAGAUUCGGUGCUGGAUUGGCUUGACGGAACGCAAAGAUCUAGUGUCAUUGGAGGACACGAAAAUUGCACCUACGCUGAGUGCGCUCGAAAUGACAUCGACCCAGAAACCUACAGCACACUUCAUACAGAGCAGGGCUGCUCUUGUUCGCUCGUUCGACCAGACUCAACAAAGGUGCUUUCGAUUAUCGACCAUGGGAUGAUCCCUCUUGUUCGACUCGGACCUGACUCGGCCAUUGAGGUUGCACACCACGAUCCACGUACUGUGGGAAACUAUGUGGCAAUAUCCCAUGUUUGGGUUGACGGGCUGGGAAGCGUAACAGAAAAAGGUCUACCUGCAUGUCAGGUCGGAAAACUUGCCGCAACAGUCGAUUCUGCAUCUGGAUCGACAAACACGCCUUUCUGGAUAGACUCCCUAUGCAUCCCAGAGGCCAACAAACAAAGAAAAGCCUCCAUUGCUCUUUUGAGGGAUGUAUAUCAGCAAGCAGCCAGCGUUCUGGUCAUCGACAAGACUAUCACCACGUGUCCCCUAGGAAAUGGUGCUCUACCAGAAGACUUCCUGUGGGCAAUUGUCUCCUCUGCCUGGGCACAACGAUUGUGGACCUACCAGGAGAGCUACCUUGCCCGCCAGGUGCAGUUCUGCAUGACCGAUAGUACCAUCAUAACCUGGGACCAGAAGCUUCCUCCAUCUCGCAGCAUCUCUACCCUAACGGUCAUACACACGUCCCUGGAUCAGCACCUACGACGUCUCCGACCGCCCAUCGAACAGCGUAGAGAAAAGAUAGCGCAGAGGAAAACAAACAUUGGUGAAGUGGCUACAGCCAUCAACUGGCGGUCGACCAGCAGGGUUUCCGACGAAACCCUCGCCGUUGCUGCUCUCCUCCUCCUGGAUACGAGGAAACUCGUCGACAUUCCAUCAGAUCGCCCCGCAGAACGGAUGAAGCAGCUGUACCUGCUUGCCAAGAACCUGCCGCAUGACAUCAUCUUCUUCUUUGGACCUACAAUGCCUUCGUCCCCGUUCCGCUGGGCCCCGACCUCCUUGAUGGCACGGUCGCCUGUCAACCUCGACAUGGCCGACCAGGGACAUUCUGCCAUUUGCACCGAAAACGGACUGCAUGGGCGAUACUUUGCGCUUUUCGUCGACUCGACCUUAAGGGGACGCCCAAACAGCGACCUUGGAAACCUCUACGUGUGUAUUGUGGCAGGUGACGAUGGUAUAUGCGGAAUCAACUGGUUUACAUUUCCCUGGCAGAGCUCACUGGAGGUGGAGUAUGAUACCCUCAUCAUUCGCGAGGUUGAUGGAGCCUACCUGAAGCCAGAGAUUGGCAAUGUGGUGGAAGCCGUUGCUGUACGAAGGAAGGCUCAAUCUCCGGACGGCCUCGUGUGUGACUGGGCGGGCAGAGUCACGCUUUUGAAGUACGAGACGGGUGACUCGGAGGCCCCUUCGCCGGAGGAGUACCCGAACCUUCCGACUGCGAGAUGGGAGGAGAAGGCUUUCAUUAUCACGUAG